AUGGGCUCUCACCGGGCACAAGCGCCGACGGUUUCUUACUUGGCUUGUUACGAUAGUGGGAUUGGUGCAUGGGACGGGAAUGAUCAUGUACAUGUAGCGGAAACCGGCAAUUCUUUUUCCCAGCCGUUAACGAUCUGUAUUAUAUUUCUCGACUCCACGAUAAUUUAUUGCGUCACACACGAAUGGCUGCUAUUGAAACCCAAGUGUGAAGAGUGUAGCUGCUUACAGUAUUUUUGA